CCUUCCUUGCACUUUGUACAUAAGCCGCAUUAUAGCAAUGCUUCUCUCGAAUUUGUAGCACAUGGUUCUAAAAAGCAUCAGGUUGCCGAAGGAUCUGCCGUGAAAAGCCACCCUGCUUGUGGUUCUUUGAUGCAAAAUCCAGGUGAAAUGAUUGACAAGCAGUUUGUGGAUGAAGAAUUUGACAUGGAUUUGGAGUAUCUUCGCAUGACAUAUUGACAUUCCCUGGUUUAUCCAAUGAGUCUCUUACGGAUGUCUACUUGGCUAAUGAUGGGGACUUUGAAGCCACUGUUGACAUGCUGAACCAACUUGAGCCAUGGGAGGAUGAAUGUUUGAGCUCCUCUCCUUCAAACACAGCUCCGAUUGUACAAAAUAGCGAAAUGCAUGCUGUAGAAUCGUCUGAAUCACUUCCCGACACUUUGGAUAUUGGUGAUGUCUCUGAAUCUGUGUCUUCAGCAACCUGCAAUCCUCUUAAACUGAAGAACAUGGCUGGCAAAACAAGUGCUUCUUCAUCAGGUGCUACGAAAUCAGCUGCUGUGUCAUGAUCGACUUUCUCGAAGGAUUUUUUAGUGGGUGUUCUUUUUUCUUAAUGUGUCUGUGGAAUAGAAGUAUACACAAGUAGGGGCUUUCUUGAAGGCUGAGAAAUAUGGUAUGUGAAAUGCUUAUGUUGUAUAGUUGUAUGCUGAUGCUUGCCUAAACUAAUACUGCUGUUGUGAGCUUUUAUUGUUUGGUUAAAAAGCUCCUUUUGCAGUUAACAUUGCAAAAUAUAGUUUUCAUCAGAAUUGAAAAUGGUUCUACAA